GAGAUACGAAAUGGGAGCCCUAAUUUGGCAUUGAUCUAAAACAUUGCAUCUCUGGAGCUCAAUCACCUGCCUUUCUGGACAAGAUUGAAGCUUCUUCAGCAUUAUACCGGCAACCCACCAAUCCUCACGGCACAGUUCAACCACCACGUCACCUCUCUCAGGGCGUCGGUUUCAUCUCUGCGUCGCAUUCAGUUUCCCUCCCUCAGAGUUUAAAUCUCAUCUCUUAGCGCCACUGAAUUGUCCUUGCAGAAGCCAGAAAUGGGCUUGAGCUAAAUAGCUUGCUACUUCAGAGGGAAAGUUAAUUUGGCAACUUGAGUAAUGCGCUUAGUUUUAAGAAUAAGUCAUCUCCUACCCAAUGUGUUGGCAAACACCUUUCGCUCUCCUGCACUUGCCCUCAAUCCUCUCAAUGUAAAUGGAUUACAUAGAGAUUUUUCUCAACCUGCUUGGAUAGAGGAGGAGGAGGAGGUGGAAAUUGACCAGAGAAGGCUUCCAGCUGACUACGAUCCAGCUAAUUUUGAUCCAACACAGCAUCGUAGUCCUCCAACCGAUCGCGUUUUUAGGCUUGUAGAUGAAAUAUCUGGACUCACAUUAGUUGAAGUUGCUGAAUUAUCUUCCAUUUUGAGGAAAAGAUUAGGAAUGACAGACAUGCCAGUUGUUGGAGUUAUGAAGGCAGGAGCUGCCGGAUUGGCUGGAAUGGCAACAAAGGCCUCAUCAGCCACUGCCAAGGAGGAGAAGAAGACAGAAAAGACUGUUUUUGAGUUGAAACUAGAGUCUUAUGAAGCGGCUGCAAAGAUUAAAAUUAUCAAGGAGGUAAGAAGUUUCACUGAUUUAGGCCUUAAAGAAGCGAAGGAUCUAGUGGAGAAAACCCCGUCGGUGUUGAAGAAGGGACUAUCAAAGGAAGAGGGUGAACAACUAAUUGAAAAAAUGAAGGCUCUUGGUGCAAAGGUGAUCUUGGAAUGAAUGUAUUCUUUUGGUCGGUCAUCCAUUGUCUUUCUCCAAAUGCUUAGAGUUCUUUUCAUAUCGAAUAAUGAAAAACUAUUCGUCUUUGAGGAGUAUACUUAGACUUUGAAACUUUCAA